AUGACUACGCCGACCCUCAUAGACAUCCCUCCCCCGCCAUCGGAUCCGGUUACCCCUUCCGACAUGGGACCAGGCACUCCAAACUCAGGCACCACAUCUCUUUCCGCCCUGUCGACCACCGCAAUCAAAGACGGCCAUCAGGGCCAACCGUUCCCACACGGGCGCCAUGUCCACCAUUCCUCGUCUGCCUCGGCAACCUCCACGUCCACCCUUGAAGCCGAGCGAGCCGAUCGCAUCUCCCGUCUCGCCGGGCUGGAGCGCGUCGCAACUGCGCGCGCCGGCGGGGUCCCGCAGCCGAGUCUCGCCUUCGCCGCGUCGCACGGCCUCGGCUACUUCGACAACAGCCCCGGGAUCAAAGAGCGCAGCACGGUGGGCAGCGCCAGCGCUACGGGCAGCGUGGACGCGCGCACCACCUGGGCCAGCGGCAGCGAUGCGCUGGACGCCGACAAGAUGAGCGAGGACACCGACGCCGACGACGGCACCUCCAGCGUGGGUAAUAUCAGUGAAGGCGAUGCCAGCCUGGUCGCGUUCGGCGAGGGCGCCAGUACCAUCAGCGGGCCCAUCUCGCACCCCAGCUUUAACCGCUUGUCCUUGUCCUCGGCCGGUCGGCCGGCUUCGCUGGGCAGCCCCGGCGUGAACCGCGCGUCGAACCCCAUCGCCUCGUACCAGCAGGGUCUCGAGGAUACGGCGCCUAUGGCAGCCUCCGUGUCCCCUGCGGGAUCGAGCACCCCGGAGCAGUUGCAGCAUGAUCGCAUGCUGGACGGCAUGACCUAUGACAGUGAUGUGAUUGAUACCACGGUGCGCACCCCGCGACUGGCCACGCCGUUCGACCAGAGCUAUCCCAUUGAUCCAAGUAAUGGGCCGAGUGCUACUUGA